AUGUCGCGUGACGUAUCCCCUCCAUCUGUUUUGGAGGUUGUCAGUUUCAUAGGCAAAGGAGUUGGCGCAGGCGCAGCACUAACAGCUGCUCUCUACCUGCUCCGCAGAGUGUGUUUAAUAAUGGCCUGGAAAUCUGGAGGAGCCAACCACGCAGAGCUUGUAAACAACCUCCGCAGUAAGUUUACUCAUUAUAUAAAGUGGAUAAUUAAGCGUUUUGGUUUAGAUAUCUAAUGCGUAAUAGAGAAAUGCUGCUUUCUCCAAAGCAUGGUGACCACAGUCAGGCUAGGCUAUUAAAGCUAGCCGUUGGGACAUUGCAAACUGCUGUGAUCCUCUGUCGUCCGCUAAUAUCUGGCUGAUGCUUGCAAAUCUGCACCUGCUAGCACAGAUAGACUGCUAACUUAGCUAGUUAACAAUUGCAUGGAAGCAGUAGUGGCUUCAUUUAGUGCAAAGGCAGUCGUAUUUAUGGAUCCUUACAUAUUUUAUGUGCGUCAUAUUGUGCUUUUCCCCAACCUCGUUUAGCUACAGUAGCUAACUAGCUACCAGCCAUAGCUAUGUUGUUGAACCAAAAGAAACAUGGCUAGUUAAUUUGCUAGCUAGCCAGUUUAUAUGAUAGUAAUGUCAAUUCGGGGUAUUCCUGUGUGGUGAUAGAUGAUUUGUCGGCUCAGAUGGUUUGUUUAUAUAGCAGGUUAGGUUAAUUAAAUUGGCAGGUUAGGGGAAUUUAACGUGGCAGGUUAGGAGAAUUUAGGAGACUGAGGUUAAGGUUAGAAAAAAGGUUAGGCCUAGCUACAAUGUCUAUGGCGUCAUCUGUAUCAUAACACCUGCAUGAACGCCAUCCCCCCCCCCAAGCAGUAGAACAUUUGAGGUGCCGGUACUCGGCUCUGGUGAGCUCCUGCCCAAGUCAAGCACUGAUUACGGCCACCACCUGUACUGGAGUGUCCCCGCCUCCCGCCUGUGUACCGGAGUCCUAGCUUAAAUCUGGACUGAUAAAAGUAUAAAGAGGGGUUCCUGCAGAUGCAGGAAUGCCCACAUGCAGGAACGCCAAGAAUUGCUGGCCGCAAUUGCACCCAUCUCAUGUGGUUAGCUAAAAAGCUUACCUGUGGGCGAGGUAUCCAUGCCUUGCAUGUUGAUCCACUGUACUGACUGUACCUACGUUACUGUAGGAUAGGGAAUGCCAUCCUUUGGAGAGAGGCAUGAUCCAACCUUGUUGUUGUUAUUAUAACAGGCUACUGGUCACACACUCAGCACUCAUAGGUAGAGCAAUAUUUAAUCAAAUUUGCAGUCACACCUGACACACCACUGUGGUAGUUAACCUUGCUGUGAAACAGCUAAGAUUUGUUUUUGCAGUGUGUGUGUGUCUGUUUUUGUGUGGGCGCCAUACAGUAAGGAAGUGGGAGGUGACAUGAGAGAGAUGAUGAAAGAAAGAUGGCAGCUUCUCGCUCCAUUUCCCUUCCAGAAUUAGCUGAUUUAGAUGUAUCUAAUAGAUGAGAUCUCUUAAAUUCACCAAUUUACUAAGCAGAUACACUACAUGACCAAAAGUAUGUGGACACCUGCUCGUUGAAAAUCUAAUAAACUUGCUGCUAUAAAAGCCUCCACUCUUCUGGGAAGGCUUUCCACUAGAUGUUGAAACAUUGCUGCGGGGACUUGCUUCCAUUCAGCCACAAGAGCAUUAGUGAGGUCAGGCACUGAUGUUGGGCGAUGAGGCCUAGCUCGCAGUCAGUGUUCCAAUUCAUCCCAAAGGUCUUCAAUGGGGUUGAGGUCAGGGCUCUGUGCAGGUAAUUCAAGAGCAUUAGUGAGGUCAGGCACUGAUGUUGGGCGAUGAGGCCUGGCUCGCAGUCAGUGUUCCAAUUCAUCCCAAAGGUCUUCAAUGGGGUUGAGGUCAGGGCUUUGUGCAGGUAAUUCAAGUUCUUCCACACCGAUCUUGACAAACCAUUUUUGUAUUGACCUUGCUUUGUGCACGGGGGCAUUGUCAUGCUGAAACAGGAAAGCGCCUUUCUCAAACUGUUGCCACAAAGUUGGAAGCACAGAAUCGCCUAGAAUAUCAUUGUAUGCUGUAGCGUUAAGAUUUCCCUUCACUUGAACUAAGGAGCCUGAACCAUGAAAAACCUCCCCAGACCAUUAUUCCUCCUCCACCAAACGUUACAGUUGACACUAUGCAUUCGGGCAGGUAGAGUUCUGGCAUCCGCCAAAUCCAGAUUAGUCCGUCGGACUGCCAGAUGGUGAAGCGUGAUUCAUCACUCCAGAGAACGUGUUUCCACUGCUCCUGAGUCCAAUGGCGGUGAGCUUUACACCACUUUAGCCGAUGCUUGGCAUUGCGCAUGGUGAUCUUAGGCUUGUGUGCGGCUGCUCGGCCAUGGAAACCCAUUUCAGGAAGCUCCCGACGAACAGUUCUUGUGCUUGCUGACAUUGCUUCCAGAGGCAGUUUGGAACUCGUAGUGAGUGUUGCAACCAAGGAUAGACGAUUGUUACGCGCUUCAGCACUCGGCUGUCCCGUUCUGUGAGCUUGUGUGGCCUAACAUUUCGCGGGUGAGCUGUUGUUGCUCCUAGACGUUUCCACUUCACAAUAACAGCACUUACAGUUGACCGGGGCAGCUCUAGCAGGGCAGAAAUUUGACAAACUGACUUGUUGGAAAGGUGGCAUCCUAUGAUGGUGCCACAUUGAACGUCACAGAGCUCUUCAGUAAGGCCAUUCUACUGCCAAAGUUUGUCUAUGGGGAUUGCAUGGGUCUGUGCUCGAUUUUAUACACUUGUCAGCAACUGGUGUGGCUGAAAUAGCCGAAUCCUCUAAUUUGAAGGGGUGUCCACAUACUUCUGUGUGUAUAUAUAGUGUAUUUUUGUAACGAAACUAGAAAGAUCUCCUGAAGACUUGGUGCAGACUGCAGAGAGCAGCUUUUUGGCUUGCCUAUGUCAGUGUCCAACAUGAGUUGGCCAGCAGGCCUAGUUGGCUAUAUUUACACGGUCAGUGUCCAGCAAAGCACUGCAGCAGACACUUUGAUACUAGGGCGGGUCUGAGCGUUUUGCCAAAAGCCCUUUGGGCUUGAUUGUGCCUUGUUCACGUUAAAAUGUAAAUCGCAUAGCUUUAUUCAUUGUGAUACUCUACACUACAAGGACAUAGGCCUAUUUUAUGUUGAGAACAUCUUCUGCGAGAUUAUGGCCAGCUUUUAAUAUGCGCAGGCAGGGACAACACUGCAUCCAGGGAUACAAAAACAUGGGGUAAAACGUGAUGCUGAAGUGGAUUAAUAUUUCAUCCACCAAAGUUGAGUUCUGGGUCAAUUUUAGCAACAUCCAUCCUCCCCCAUUGUCAUGUGCUUUCUGACCCAUUUAGGCCUACUCACCAACUGCAAACCAUAAAUUAGCCUAAACCAGAUUUAAACGGGUCAAACUCAGGAUGCAUGCUAAUUCCUGAAUUUCUAUAUUUUUUUGUAUGCUCCUUAGGCCUUUCUCUGUGAUCUAUAAGGUUAUUAUCACACACCCUGGGUUCAGAACAUCAAGUUAUAUAACUUGUGGACAACCCGACCAAAUUCACAUAGAAAUGUGUGUUAUAGAUCUGUCAUUCUCAUUGAAAGCAAGUCUAACAAGUGGUAAAUCUGUUCUAUGUGUGCUAUUUCUAGGUUUCCCUUAAGUUUCGGUUUUGUACACCAGCUUCAAACAGCUGACAAUACAAUAUUUUCGGUUAUGGAAAAUAUAUUUCACAGCGGUUUAGAUGGUACAAUGAUUCUCUACACUAUACUUGCUUGUUUUGUCACAUAAACUGAAAUUAGGCAAACUUUUAGAAUUUUUGCAACCAGGAAAUGGUGGAGCGAUUUCUACAUAGUGCAUCUUUAAGAGUUGGUCUUUCAAGUGCAAUGUCUUUCAAACAUUAAAUAUAGCUUACUAGCCUAUUGUGUGCAUAUAGCUGCAUUUGAACUUUUCCAUUUGAAGCUGUUGGGAAUGCAGAUGUAAUGUAGACUGGCGACCACUCAGCAAUAUAGUUGUUGGGGCCUGGGGUCUCGUGGAGAAAUAAGAGGAGUAACAACUGGCUGUCGCUGGCACUUCCUACUGUUGGCAGCACCUGUCAGUGGAGCCUCCUGUGGAGGGAUUACUUUACUCUGAAGACACUGCAGUGUUUGUGAGUGUGUUACUCUCCACAAAUCCACUGUACCGUUAAACACCUCCUAUCUUCCUCAGAAAAUGGGAUCAUCAAGUCAGACAAGGUCUAUGAAGUCAUGUUGGCCACAGACCGAGGCCAUUUCUCCAGAAACAACCCCUACAUGGACUCUCCACAGGCAAUAGGUGUGCUUAUUUAUUGUAGUACAAUAAAGUAUUGUAAUGCAAAUUCAAUACAUCAGCCAUUGAUGAAUGUUAGAAACUAACUAUCACUUUCUUUGACCCCAAAGGCUAUCAAGCAACCAUCAGUGCGCCACACAUGGUAGGCUUAACUAUGACUUUUAAUAUUUGUUUAAAUUAUUGCAUAUCUUAUCAAUUAUUAUAACUAUCAAACAUUGAUCACCUUGCUCCUAUAAUGUAUACCAACUGAGCUAAUACCAGAGGUUUGCAAGUACAAUGCUGACAGGUGGUGAUGCAGUUGUAUGUUGCCCUCUCCCCCAGCACGCCUAUGCAUUGGAGCUUCUGUACGAUCAGCUGUAUGAUGGGGCCAAAGCUCUGGAUGUGGGGUCUGGCAGUGGAAUCCUCUCUGCGUGCUUUGCACGAAUGGUGAGCUAUAUUAUGAUGAAGGGUAAACACAUAAUAUAGGUAAUGUAUUUUGGUGGUAGGGUUGGGGUACAUUUUCCAUUUCAGGUUUUGGGGAUAUUUUGGGUUCUGUGUAAUGUUUGAUGGCACAGACUUGUAUACCUUCCUAAUUUAUUGUCUUUAACAGGUAGGUCCCAAAGGGAAGGUGAUAGGAAUUGAUCACAUCAAGGAACUGGUAGACGAUUCUAUAACCAAUGUAAAGAAAGAUGACCCCAGCUUGAUAACAUUGGGUAGAAUCAAACUAAUAGGUAAGUCUGAAAAGCAGCAAAGCAAGAUGGAUUUUUAAAAAAAGUUCAAUUUGGUGACUUGUAUUAUUGGGUUAUGAAAAUGUCUUGUACAAAAUAUACAGUUCAAAUAUAAAAUAUAAGCUUAAAAUAGGGUUGCUGACUGUCAAGUAAGGAAUGUUUCAAAGUAGUCUAAUGGAUGUGUUGACUCAAAGUCACUCCUUGGGAUAGGAACACAAAGCAGCUCAGUUGACGUGGGUGCAGCACUGUCUGCUGAAUUAUUGAAAGGAGAGUGCCUUCUUUUGCCUGUACUGCAGUCAACCAACAUCAGUGUCAGAGGCCAGAGACGAGGUCGAGGUGGCAUCGCACAGCUCUGAUGUGUGCCCUGGCACUCUGCCUCAGUGUGGCCUGCUUGACGGGUAUAAGGCUGGCACUGCGUAGCGGACUGGCAGCGUGUGAGUGACAGCUGCUGCCUGUUUGUUACGUUACAGUGGGAGACGGGCGGAUGGGCCAUCCAGAGGAGGCGCCUUACGAUGCCAUUCACGUGGGCGCGGCAGCACCCAACGUGCCACAAGCAGUAAGUUCAAAUGAAGGCAUCAAAGGGUCCCAGUUAAUAGGAGUCACAUCGCCUCAAUCCACCAUCAUUCUUAGGAAUGCUGUGGUCAGAGUAGAGAUCAAAACCAGCACUGACAUUAACUCUGUGUACCCUGGUCUAUUCAGGUGUAACUACACUGUAGCAUAUUUUGCUGCUAGGCUAGCCAUUGCAUUGUUAAUGUGAACAGCUUGUCUUAGAAGACUAGUCUAGUCUGAUGGGGUGGAGAACUGGGAAUGUUUGGACCGGGGGGGGGGGGGGGGGUUGUUAUCUGGUUCUGACCCAGUGAGUCUCCUCUCCUUCUGUCCUCUCCUCCCUCAGCUCCUGGACCAGCUGAAGCCAGGCGGCAGGCUGAUUCUGCCCGUGGGGCCGGCCGGAGGGAACCAGAUGCUGGAACAGUACGACAAGCUGGAGGACGGCAGCACCAAGAUGAAGCCCCUGAUGGGGGUGAUUUACGUGCCUUUAACAGACAAAGAGAAGCAGUGGUCCAGGUGGAAGUGACUUCUUACUCCCUCUCCCCCCUCUCUCCUUCACACAAUGGGCAAAGGUGAAAUGGUGUAGCCUGGAGCAGAUAAUGGAUCCCAAGGGGCUGUGUUUGCUGCUUGUCAUCAUUAAUUGCUUCAUCCAUACCAUGUCAACUGGCUGCACGUUUUCUUACUUUUAAUCCCGUAAACUAGUAUGCUAUUUUAGAGCUGUUCAGCUAAGCAAGUGUGCAGUGAAGCAAACAAUCAAGUGUGGAUUCUGUUUGGUAUUAUAAAUUGUUUUCUUUGGAGUUGAAAUGUCAUGUCAAUAAUGUUUAAAGUGUUUGAUGGUUGGCAUUUGGCUGUGAUACUUCUGGCAUGAGAUCUUAUCAAUUUGAUCUUAUCAAUUUGGCUGCAUAAUAUCCUAUUUCUUCAUUGGUUAAAUCUGAAGAGAUGGAGAAAUCCAAUAACCAUAGGGAUAUUUGGAUUUUGCACAUGGUGUGGGGCUUUCUAUAGCAGAUUGUGCAUGGGAGUGUCUAACUGACCUUCAGUUGCAUGACAAGAGGGUGUUGAUAUGAUUUGACAUAGUAUAUUUAAUCUUAAUGUCCAUCUAAUAAUCUCUUGCCUAUUAUUUCUCACAGGGAUGAACUCUGAAGCGACAGACUGUCCAUAUUCCACAUGUCAGUGUGAGGCUGGAGGAGACUACUUUGGCUUCCAACAACAGCCAUUGGAAUUUUUUCAAAACAUAACAAACCAUGGUGAUUGGUUUUCUUUAUCAUGCUGAGGAAUAACCCCUGAUUUUGGGAAUAAGACUGUUAGAGAUUUAACAGAAGAAAGUGUUGGGGUUAUUAUUUUUUCCAGGUCUGCAUUGUUUUGGGUUGUGAAUUUUCCUUUUGAUUUUCUGCAGGAUUUUGAGCUAGUUUUAAUUUUGGUUACACCUGUGAGUUGCAAUCAACCAUUUCAACAAUAAUGCAUUUCAGCUCCAUCAAAGCUGAGUGUAAAGAGGUUGCCAGACUGUUCUGAUAAGGAAAGCCGGAGUUGAUGAGAUUAUUCACCCACUUGCUGUAGAUUGCACCUGAAGAUCUGACUGUAGAUAUCUUUACUGCUCUGCUAACAUAUAUCAGCCACCCC